CGCACAGUGCACGCUGCGGAAGGUGGAGCUACUCCGUGGUGUGCUACGAUCAUUAUAACGAUCAUGAUUUUCCACAUGACUGUCUGCUCUUACCCAAUGAUGCGAAAAACACAUCUGGCUGCGCGGAGAGCAUGGAGAAGGCUAAGGCCGAGAUUGCACUCCUCUUUCGUUGGUGCAUCUUCUGGUCCAGGUCCCGAGGACAGAUACGAAGACCCGUCUGCUGUUUCAGCUGAAAAGCCUCCUCACACGCCUGUCAUGUUGAAAGAGGUGCUUCAAUACUUAGAUAUUCAACCAGCUCAGGUGGUGCUGGACAUGACAUUUGGAGGUGGUGGUCAUACCAAAGCAAUUCUGAGCACAGUUCCCGAAGUCACGGUCCUGGCCUUAGAUCGAGAUCCCACAGCAAUUUCUCUGGCCCAGCAGUUAGCCAAGGAACACUUUGGUCGUGUGAAACCAAUACUCGGCCGGUUCAGUGAGCUUGAAGACCUGCUGUCAAACAUGAACGUUAAGCCAGGCAGCAUUGAUGCUGUCCUGUUGGAUGCUGGCUGUUCCUCCAUGCAGAUGGAUGAGGCAGAAAGAGGCUUCUCCCUGAGCAAAGAUGGACCGUUGGAUAUGAGAAUGGAUGGAGACAGGUACCCCGACAUGCCCUGCGCCGCUGACGUUGUGAAUACCUUAGAUCAACAGGCUCUUGCAUCCAUCCUCACUGCAUAUGGGGAAGAAAGACACGCCAGGAAAAUAGCUUCAGCCAUUGUGGAGGCACGCCGUGUCAGCCCCAUCACCCGGACACAGCAGUUGGCCAGUGUGGUUGCAGGAUCGUUUCCUCCUGCAGUUCUCUAUGCACGUAAAGACCGGCUCAACAGACCUGCACACGUGGCCACUAAGACUUUCCAGGCCUUGCGUAUCUUUGUGAAUGAUGAGCUGAAUGAACUUCACGCUGGCCUGUGUGCUGCCCAGACGUUGCUAAAACCCAGCGGACAUCUCUGUGUUAUCACCUUUCAUUCGCUAGAAGAUAGACUGGUCAAACGUUUCCUGCGGGGAGAUGACUUGUCUAAUCUGGAUCACUUCAGCCAGAGGAAGCAAGGCACCAAGAAGGAAAACCUAUCGCACGAAAAAAGUGACGGAAGUGUCUAUUGGCUUCCUCUGCGAAGAAAAGUGAUCACCCCAGAAAAAGACGACGUUAAGGAGAAUCCUCGAGGACGCUCCUCCAAACUCAGGGCAGCACUCAGACGAUAACUAUUGAACAUUAAAUAUAAGACAAUAGAAGUUGUAAAAAAAAGUUGGAGCUUUUUACAUUGAACAUAAUUAAACUUCUACAAAGACUCAGGGUUAAAUCUCAGUAGAUUUGGUAUCACUUUGUAACAAAGGAGCUCAGCAGAGAUCAGUGUGUUACAGUAAGCUACUAAGUGGACUUUAGACAUGAGGUGAUUGUACUGUUUCCUAUUUGCUUUGUAAGGAACAAAAAAAAUUCAUUUACAGUUAAAAUUUUGAAUUAAAUGGAACAAAUGUUUACCAGUGUUGAUUUCAUAGGCCUAGUUGUUGUAAACAACCUGUUUUUUUUCUGACAAAAACAAGAUGAUAAGUAAAGAAAAACUAAUGGAGGAGGACAAAAACUGUGAUGAAAUGUAUUGACACUUUGGUAAAUGAAUAAAAAUGGAUGAAAAUAUUCUGGAGAGACGAGGUCCAAUCAGAAUUAAUUAACUUGUUAGGAAGGUGGGAGGAGUCAGGGGAAGUGAUCUAAUCAAAAGUAAUCUUGUGAAGUAAGAUGAGAUUUUUUUGGUAAAUGGUACAGCUAGUGCUCAUGCUCUCUGUUUCUCAUGAAAAUGUGACAAAAUGUCAACGCUUGGGAAGAAGACAAGUCAUAUGGAGCCAUUUUGCAUUUGAUGUCACGGAAAAUAAGACGCUUUUUAAACCGUGUGGAGGGAACUUGAUAAGUGCUUAGCCUUUAUAUUUUAGUCAACUGUUGUUACCUCAGUCUGCCUUACUGGAGUCAUGUACUACCAACAAUGUUGGGGAGUAACGGAAUACAUGUACCACCGUUACGCAUUUAAAAUACAAAAUAUGAGUAACUGUAUUCCAUUACAGUUACCGUUUAAAAAGGUGGUAUUCAGAAUACAGUUACUUCGUUGAAAUAAAGGGAUUACACGGUGGUCUUUUCCUGUUUCAUAUGCUAGGCUGUCCCCUCCUUUUUUUGGUAAUUCCACGCUGGUGGAAACUCAAACAAAACACGCAUUAAGAGGCUCUAAUGUCUGUGUCUCAAUCUCGCGGCCUAUGUCACCUCUACUUGCGGCCCGCAUAAUGACGUGACGAAAUAUUUUUAAAAAUUAUUGUUCAAAAAAUUAUUUAAUAUGAAGGCAAUAGGCAGAGUGUUACAGGCAUAGCCCUAAAGAAUGUAGCCUCAUGGGCAGUGUAGUCCAGUUGUAAGUAAGCUAUAAAGAAUUCUGUGCUUAAACAGUGUUGGUCAAGUUACU